GUUGAAGCAGUCGCUCUGUCGGGAGCAGGUCCUAGAGGCAUCACUGCAACGAUGGCCGUUCAAACUACGCAAGACAACCAGGAAGGGACUCCUGUGGAGGCUGUCCUGCACUUUGUGCCACCCACACGAAUGAGAAACGCCACGCAACAUGUUGAUAGUCUUCCUGUUGGUAUUAAUGGCGACGUCGCGAGUGCGCUCUCUUCCACGUGUCUUGCGGAGAGAGAUUAUGGACAGAGCUCGGAUGUAGACGAUGCGAGCCACGUUGCGCGUGUGAGUUUCAACAGUACCGCAUCAAGCACUGCCACUCCUCCACUUGUUGUCCUAGCGAAGACGCUUCUGACGACUGAAACUGAAAGCCCAACCCGUGCUUCGGGCGACUCUCGUGCAAACGGCGAGCGCCCCCUUCCGUUUUACGAUGAUGCAAACAAGAGUAAGACAGCUGCAACAAGCAGGGUUGCAGGGCCCAGUGUCGGUCAGACGCAGAACACGCGAAAAAACAACGAUGUUGACAAAGCCAAACAAGUCCAUAUGGAAACAGGAAAUGCGACAAACCGAAUGCAAAAAGCCGUCAAAAAAGUUGCUGAUGUUCAAGCAUUCCAUGCUACACUUUCAAACAAGACUCCUGCGAAAACCACGGACCCCACGACUGGUAAAAGUACCUCGGGUAGUGGUUCUUCAAUAAUCGAUGGCGUCCAAGAUAAACAUAAGCAAGGAGCCGAAGAGAACAACGACCAGAUUGUGCAAAAGUUGGAUUCGAUACCGAUUUCCCCAGUUGUAGACCUUUCCAUGCGUCAUGCAGCGUCUUCACCAGCGGAAGUUGUGGAAGAUGGCUGGGUCGUAUUGGAUCUUCCAUCUGUCGACGAGGCUGAAGAAUCGCAUCGCAUGGCCGCUGAGGACUGCGAUGUCGGUCGGCCUUCUUUAUUUGAACAGGUAGAGGGCAAGUUGGGGCUACAUAUUGCAGAGCAUGCUCUGGACCAUGUUGAAGGUAUGAACCACAGAAUGAAGAAGAACGAGUCCGCGACAACCCCGCGGAGCAGUUCGCGCAGCUCGGCCAACCAAAACUUGAAUAAGGGGAGCCUGAAGCAUCGUCUCGUACGUCGCAGCCCCUCCAGUCCGCGCGAGGACCGCAAUAGCCUGAAAAGUACUCUGCGUUACUUGCAGAAAAAGAACGCCGGACUGCCAGCGAGCCCGAAAGGGGCGGGCCAUUCUCCUCGCGCUCCCGUGGUUUCUCCGCUUAAGCUGGCGCUUGAACAAGCAGACACGUCAAAGGCAAAGCGCAGUGGGUCAGAGAAGGGACUCUUUCGAGAAGACUUACACGCAUUUGGAAUAGAAGAGACUCCCAAAUUUGGAGCCACGACAGGACAAGAGCAAUUACCUCUUCCGAGAGAACUGAACGAGUCGAAGUUGCACUCUCAUACAGCUGCUCUUCUACUGUCGGGUUGCGAAGAACACUACGAUUUGGAGACUUAUGGACACAAACCUUCUCACUCAGCGCAGAAAAAUGUUGAAGAAAAUGUGGCAUCGACAACGAAAACCGACCUAAUUUCGACGGCUCCUCGCAUUUCUGAGUCUUUGUUGGCAGGCUCUCCUGGUGAUCGGGAGUGCGCAUUCGCCGAUGAAGAAGCCUCAGUCUUGGGAGAGUUUCUAGGAGCAAAGAAUGCAAGUUGUGCUAGUACCCAGAAAGUAGUUACUUGCGUGAAGAAAGACAAACAGGACAAGACUGAGAAUUCAACAAAUCCACCAUUUACUCAAAAACCAGGACAGCUUCUGAGAAGUCCCUUGCUCUAUCAGCCGAUCGCGCUGCAAUCACCUGCAACAUACCUCAAGAAUAGUCUGGCGGCGGCAGCGACUAAAACUAUCGCGACAUCAGCUUCAAAAUUGUCGAAGAAUAUGAGCACUACAAGUACGACCAGGUCAUCGACCGCUGGUGUUGGUGCUUCAAUUAGAAGUACCAUUUCGUGUGUUGCAUCCGUAUCUAUCUCGUCCACGAAAGUGCAUCAUAAGGACGGCGCAGGAGUUCCUAAACAGAGCAAUCCGCGAUUGCAAAUCCAGCAACCUCUACCGUCUUUUCAAAGUCAGGCGAGUGGUUUGUCCUUGCCGUUGCGCGUAUCCGCUAGGUCGCCGCGUUCGACAUCUCUGACGAAGGAUCACGGCUUGCGAUUUCGGCAAACGCUUGAAUUUCCACGCUUCGCCAAUAUGCUCGAUGGUAAUGAGACGGUGCCCGGACUAAAUAACGGAAGCAAAUCUCCAGCUAUGACCAGUACUAACACGGUGCCCAACAAGAGCAGAAAUAUGAGCACUUCUUCGAAAAUCAUCACUGUCGGAGGCAGUAAGUAUGGACCUGUUGCACAUGAGCCCGCAAAACAGCACAAUCUUGUGCUACCGCAGCGCCGUGUCGCGGAGUUGCUUUCGCCACGCGUUGGCGAAUCUGUUGCGGCUAGUCUUACUUCUUUCAAAACUGCACCCACUGCCACUUCAACUUCGAAGCAUAACUCCAACACGUCGAAGAACUACUUGAAUGUGGCUACCUGUCCUCGACGACAGGGUGACUAUCCCGAUAAGGAAAACAGUGUGGCCGUUGCAGCUUCUACUGAGGAGAUCAAUUACCUGCGGGAACUCUGCGAGGAGACCGAGAACCUUAUUGGCCAUAUUGUGGAGCGAGAACUUUCAUCUGUACGAAAUCUAUGACAAGACAGUAGAUUAUUCUUACUUAUUAUUGAGGGAAGAUCUAACAUCUAAUUGUAAUUUAUACUUAUCUAUAGGUACCAGGGAGGGAGGCCCCUGGGAUGGAGCGGUGGUGGCGUCCGCGCGCUUUUUUCCACUGUGGUGACAUGUAAGGACUUCCGGGGGCGAAGGCCUCAAAAGGCGGAGCCGGAGUCCCUUGGCGGCUCUCCGCGUAGACCCCACAGCCCCGACUCUUGGACCCUAUCAGGGGGACGGCCUCCGGGGAAAGAAGGCCGCCGAAGGCAGUGACGGUCGCGAGGCCUGGCCUCUUUGGCGCUCAUCCCGCCAAUCGGUGGCAGCGUCAGCCGCCACCAAGCUCCCGGGGGGAUGAGGACCCAAAACGGGGAGGAGGGGCGAGGCGUGCCCGCCUGGGUUCUGUCGUUUACAUGCAGCACGGCGAAAGGGGUCAAGCCUUGCCGCCAGAGGCACACAAUGAACCGCAGGAAGAACGACGUUUUAGCAAACAGUCUCAUUCUAAUUCUAGCUGGGUCAAGAACGUCCGCAUCUACAUCCAUCUUUUCUCUACAGCACUCAUACAGCACCGGCAUAUACGCAGCACCGAAGACACGUCGGAUCUCUAUCCAUGACGGAUGACAAAUCAAUUACAAUUGUUGUAUCAUAGGCAUAGGUAUACGAUGGAUAGUCACACCUCGCAAGCACGCUCACGUAAAAAACGAAGACCAAGACAUUUCUUUUAGAAGUUAUAUAAGUACUUACGCCUACAGUUACACACUCCAUUGAUUGUAAUUUGUACAAUAUUUGUUGGAUGCUAUGUAAAUGUAAAUGUAUGUAUCAGUUUGGGAAUGGCAGUAGAAAACAAGUAUGAUGAUAAUUUUAAAUGUAGCAAUGAAAGUUAAAGAUCUACUUGGAAGGCUUUUAGGGAGAUCAGCUCUCAUGACCAGCAGUUGGAAUUACAUUCAUUUUCCCAGUAUCAGACGACCCUGUUGUAUUGUUCAGUAAUUAUGAAUAUUUUGAUGAUAGGAUUCUGCGUGUUGUUCAUAAAGAUAUGGUUUGCACAGACAACAUACUGAUCGACAUACAUAUCGCCUUUUCAUAUUUAUCAUGCGGGAACAUCAAGAUGGCGCAUAUUGUCAGGGUAUCUACCUAUGUAUGUAUAGGUAUACGAUGGAUUCGCGACGGGAAGCUUAAUGGAGCGCGAAUAGAUCACGCAG